AUGUCGAGGUUUCAUGUUGGUGGUAAAGUUGUAGAUACUGUUGAUUUAUUACGAAAGAGGCAUUGGGCAUGGCGGUUGGAUAUGUGGCCUUUCACGAUUCUCUAUGGAGUGUGGCUGUCAGCUGCGGUUCCUAGCCUGGAUUUUGGUGAUGCCUUGGUAGUUUUGGGUGGCAUCGUGGCAUUCCAUAUUCUUGUAUUUCUGUUCACUGUUUGGGCCGUGGACUUUAAAUGUUUCGUACAGUAUUCAAAGGUUAAAGAUAUUUACUCUGCUGAUGCAUGCAAAAUCACUCCAGCUAAAUUUUCUGGCUCCAAAGAAGUUGUGCCACUUCAUUUUCGGAAGUUUGCAGCUUCUCCCACUUCGCAGCAGUUGGAAGAAAUCUACUUUGAUUUCAGGAAGCAACAAUUUAUUUAUUCGAAUGAGAAAAAUACGUUUUUUAAGCUUCCUUAUCCGUCCAAGGAAACAAUUGGGUAUUAUCUCAAGAAUACUGGUUACGGCACAGAAGCUAAAGUUCUGACUGCCACAGAGAAAUGGGGAAGGAAUGUGUUUGAAUAUCCCCAACCCACAUUCCAAAGAUUGAUGAAAGAGCAAAUCAUGGAACCUUUUUUUGUAUUUCAGGUUUUCUGUGUGGGCCUCUGGUGUUUGGAUGAAUAUUGGUAUUACAGUCUGUUCACGUUAUUCAUGCUGUUCAUGUUUGAGUCAACAAUGGCAAAAAGCCGAUUGAAGACUCUAUCUGAGCUUAGACGUGUAAAGGUGGAUAGCCAGAUGUUGAUGGUGUAUCGCUGUGGGAAGUGGGUUAAACUCUCUGGGACAGAACUUCUGCCUGGGGAUGUCGUGUCUAUUGGGCGUUCUACUGGUCUCGAUGGAGAAGACAAGUCUGUACCUGCUGACAUGCUUAUUUUGGCUGGAAGUGCUAUUGUGAAUGAGGCUAUUCUGACUGGCGAGUCCACACCACAAUGGAAGGUUUCAAUAACGGGUAGAGCAACUGAUGAGAAACUAUCAGUUAAACGUGAUAAAGCACAUGUUCUUUUUGGUGGUACAAAAAUAUUACAGCAUACUCCAGACAAGACUUUUUACCUGAAAGCUCCUGAUGGAGGCUGUGUAGCAGUUGUUUUGAGAACUGGUUUUGAAACAAGUCAAGGAAAGCUAAUGCGUACUAUAUUAUUCUCUACUGAGAGGGUUACUGCAAACAGCUGGGAAAGUGGCCUUUUUAUAUUAUUCUUAGUAAUAUUUGCUUUGAUCGCUGCUGGUUAUGUCCUUAAGAAGGGACUUGAGGAUCCAACAAGGAGUAAAUACAAGCUUCUUCUGAGUUGUUCACUAAUUAUUACUUCUGUGAUCCCUCCCGAACUUCCAAUGGAACUGUCAAUUGCUGUUAAUACAUCAUUGAUUGCACUAGCACGGCUCGGGAUAUAUUGUACAGAACCAUUUAGAAUCCCAUUUGCUGGAAAGGUUGAUAUAUGCUGUUUUGAUAAGACAGGGACACUAACUUCUGAUGAUAUGGAAUUUUCUGGUGUUGGUGGUUUAACUGACGGCGAAGACCUUGAAACAGAAAUGUCUAAAGUGCCUGAUAGAACUUCGGAAAUUCUUGCUUCUUGUCAUGCCUUGGUCUUCGUGGAUAAUAAGCUGGUUGGUGAUCCUCUUGAGAAGGCUGCACUUAAAGGAAUUGAUUGGGCAUACAAAUCAGAUGAAAAGGCCAUGCCAAAAAAGGGAAGUAAUAAUACUGUCCAGAUCAUUCAAAGGCAUCACUUCGCUUCUCACUUAAAAAGAAUGGCGGUUGUUGUUCGUGUCCAGGAGCAGUUUAUGGCAUUUGUUAAGGGUGCACCAGAAACCAUUCAAGAAAGGCUAGUUGAUGUGCCUGCAUGGUAUGUUAGCACUUACAAGAAAUACACGCGUCAAGGAUCUCGUGUUUUGGCUUUGGCAUACAAGUCUCUACCGGAUAUGACAGUUAGUGAAGCAAGAAGCAUGGAGCGAGACGCUGUGGAAAGUGGUCUUAUUUUUGCUGGUUUCGCGGUUUUCAAUUGUCCUAUCAGAGGAGAUUCAGCUGCUGUCUUGUCUGAAUUAAAAGGAUCUUCACAUGAUCUGGUAAUGAUUACCGGAGAUCAAGCGUUGACAGCUUGUCAUGUAGCUAGCCAAGUUAACAUUAUCUCAAAACCACCACUAAUUCUUGUCCGUGCAAAUAAUAAUAAUGGCUAUGAGUGGGUUUCUCCAGACGAGACGAUUACAAUUAGCUACAGGGAAAAUGAGGUUGAAGCUCUAUCCGAGUCUCACGAUCUUUGCAUCGGAGGAGACUGCAUGGAGAUGUUGCAGCAGACUUCUUCUACCCUCAAAGUCAUUCCAUAUGUUAAGGUAUUUGCACGUGUUGCCCCUGAGCAAAAGGAACUCAUCAUCACAACAUUUAGAUCAGUGGGAAGGGUUACCCUGAUGUGCGGUGAUGGAACCAACGAUGUCGGAGCCCUGAAGCAGGCACACGUCGGUGUUGCUCUCCUCAAUGCAAUCCCCCCAUCCCAAAACGACAAGAAGCAGCCCUCCAAGCCUGAAACCGACAAAUCCGGCAAGCCCAAGCCUGAAACCGACAAAUCUGGAAAGCUCAAGAAACCCAACAAGCCCACACCCAAGCCAGACCUUUCCUCUUCCGGCAGCAGCACCUCCAACCGCCACCUCACCGCCGCCGAGAUUCAACGCCAGAAACUCAAGAAGCUGAUGAGCGAGCUCAACGACGAGGCCGCCGACGGCGGCGCCCGCUCGGCCCCCAUCGUGAAGCUCGGCGACGCCUCCAUGGCUUCCCCUUUCACCGCCAAGCACGCUUCUGUGGGCCCCACCACUGACAUAAUCCGGCAGGGCCGCAGCACCCUCGUCACCACCCUCCAAAUGUUCAAAAUCCUCGGCCUCAACUGCCUCGCCACAGCCUAUGUCCUCAGCGUCAUGUACCUGGACGGCGUCAAGCUCGGUGACAUUCAAGCCACCAUCAGCGGCAUCUUCACGGCCGCUUUCUUCCUCUUCAUCUCCCACGCCUCUCCACUCCCGCGCCUCUCCGCCGAACGGCCCCACCCGAACAUUUUCUGCUAUUAUGUCUUCCUCUCUCUUCUCGGCCAGUUUUCCGUUCAUAUCCUCUUCCUCGUGUACUCGGUGAAAGAGGCCGGAAAGUACAUGCCGGACGAGUGUAUCGAGCCCGACUCAGAGUUCCACCCGAAUCUAGUCAACACGGUGUCCUACAUGGUGGGGAUGAUGCUCCAGGUGGCGACUUUUGCUGUGAACUAUAUGGGGCAUCCUUUUAACCAGAGCAUUAGGCAGAAUAAGCCGUUUUUGUAUGCGCUUGUUGGGGCUGUGGUUUUCUUCACUGCGAUUACAUCGGAUUUGUUCAGGGACUUGAAUGAUUGGCUGAAACUGGUGCCUCUGCCGACCGAGCUGAGGAAUAAGCUGUUGCUGUGGGCUUUUACGACGUUUGUGGUUUGCUACGCGUGGGAGAAGUUUCUGAGGUGGGUUUUCCCGGGCAGGAUGCCGGCGUGGAGGAAGAAGCAGCGGGCUGCUGCGGCUAGUGAGGGAAAGAAAAAGAAUUAG